GGCAGGUAUGACCCAACUGCCUGCAACUGCGUGCAAAGGCGUCACAACCCCAUAUCCCCACAUUCCCCUUCCCGUACUUGGUGAUUGAGAGACGCUCAUUUUCAACCACUCACUCACUCACUCACUCACGACGACCCUUAUCCUCUAAUCGUCUUGCCCCAAUCAAUUGAUUGUCAAUUACUCGACUGUGGGCACUGAGGUUGACUGACAUUUUGCAGGUCGUCGUCAUCAGCUCAUCCAUUGCUGUGUGGGCCGUGGUCUGAGCCUCCGUCGGUGACGAUCUGGGGACUUCCCUACGAACCCCACGCGACCUAACUCGUCAGUUCCCUGCCUCGUUCAUUACUCAUCAGUAAUCCAACCCAUAGCACAGGCUGCCUGGACGAGAGCAGAGCGCAACAAUACAGUCAGACAGUGCUGUGCAGACAAGACGAGACGGCAUUCCACCUGGUACUGACGGACCAAACCUUGUCGACGCCAUCCAUGCUUUGAUUCUGCCUGUCCAUGCAGCGUCGAAACAUCACGGGCUCGUCCACUCACUCGGCUAAUUCUCGCUCUCUUCGCUCUCUACGCGCCUCGUCCACAUGCGCCCCCUCCCCCACGGGUCCCCAGCUUCACAAUAGCCGACCGAACCUUAUCCUACGUUGUCCCGACUCUCGUGACAUAGAAUAAUUCCGAAUCGCUUCGUCAUCAUCUGCUGCCAUCUGCCCACCGUGCACUCUGUCAACCUCACCCGAUCAAUCAAUCAAUCAAUACAUUGAUUGUCCUGACUACGCGCCCCACAGGAUACAUCGCACGCAGUGUAAGCAGCAGCAGCACCACCAGCAUCAGCAGCGGUAGCACGCGCGGCCUCUCGUGUCGACUCAAGCACCCCGAUUCAAUUCUGUGGCGGGUGCGCCGCAGAUCUACAAAAGCGACCCGGCAGUCACUCGCGUUUCGGUUUCACGCUCCUUCGUCCUUACGGCCUUGCGGCCCUGGUCUGACCGCAUACGCCCUUCGGCUCGGCCUUGAGCGGUGCACAUACGCCAGUUGGCCAGGUCUAGAUUGCAUCUGCUUCUGGCCGCUGCGUCUGAGCAUCUGAGGUCUCUUUUGCUGGCUCUGCCCUCUUUCUCUGGCCCUGCCUCCGCAUCCCUGCCGUGGUCGGACCACAUACGGCAUAGCCUGUCCAAGCAAGGUUGGCCGUUAUUACUCCGGCAUACACUUCAUCAUCAUUAUUAGGUCUCUCCGAGGACAAGGUACUUUACCUGUACCGGUCAACAGUCAGGAAGUUCUGCGUAGGCGUCUCGCUGGCUGCAGUGCUUUGCCCACCAGCCACCACCACCACCACCCCAGGCCUUCUCCGAGGUGCACAAGAUACUGUGUGUACCUAAGUAUUGCGACUCAAUCUGCGGGACAUCAUCCCCAAGACAAGGUCACGCCUGCGGCUCCUCCCUCCAAGACGUCCCCGGAGUGACAUCCGCCCUCCUGCACGAUUCCACAGGGCGCCCACUCGACCCCCGGUCCCCAGACACAUUCGUUUCUCCCCUCCCCCUGUCUGCCUGCCUUGCUGCCCGCCCCGCUGGCCUGACCUGACCGUCGACGUCUGUUCGUCUGCAUCAUUGCCCUCGCCCACGCGACUCGCAACACACCCAUCCACCCAUUCCACGGCUGCGUCUUGUUCCUGUACAUACCGCAAUACCACAGUGCCACAGUACCACAAUACCUACCUCCCUCUCGUCGUGCGCAUGCCCGUCAUCCGGAGCUCUGAACCUUCUGAACCUUGAGGCCCCCUCUCUCUCGUCCCGCCCGCCUGCUGUGCUCCAAUGGUCGUGGUACAUCCCGUGUAAAACAUUCUCGGAAGCACAUGCGCAUACUUCUCAAUCUGCGACAUACCUCGCUCCCACAUAUGACAGGUACGAACCGCGAUCAGCGUGGUAAUUAAUUAUGGCUUUGUGAUUCACUGCCAGGGAUCCCGUGAGUUUGCAUUUUCCUCCUUUCUCGGCCUGCCCUGUCCUGCCUUGCCUCACCUCAUGCUGGCUUGCUCGCACGCCCGCUCGAUCGCUCGCCGUCCUGCCCAUGCCCGCAUUGCCCAAAACUCUCAAUCCCCCUCUUCCAAUACAUGCCUCCAUUCCUGACCGUCAUUUCACCUCCCCACCGCCCUUCGCCAGUCCUGUCCUAUUCUGCUUUUAUGCUUCAUGCUGCUGGGACUGUGCUCUUCGCUACCCGCAUUCGUGCCCCUUGAUCGAUCCACCGCCUCGGGUUCUAAACUUGUCGCAAGCCUCGCCCAGAGUCUAGUCAACCCAGGCGAUCCCUUCCCAUAUCCUCACCCCUUGAUGCCUUACGCUUGCCAGCGCACCUCCCCGUACCCGUUCAUCACUUCGUCUUCUUUGCAAGUCUAGCAAACCCAAUCGAAUCGACUCGAGAGUGUCGCUCCCUGCACCCUGGCUCCGCCAGCUCCUCGUCAUACCUCUGAGUCGCCAUCAUGUCGGCCAGAGCACAUCUGGAAAUACAUAACUUACACUUGGAUGCCCCCCGUGCUUCACCGUUAGCAGCAGAUACUCCCGGACGACCUGAACCUUACUACUAUUCGUCACGAGGAGCAGUUUAUUACACGCCUCGGACUUCUGGUGAUAGGCGGGCCCGUCGCUCAGCCGCGCCCGCGAACCCGAGCCUCCCGGCACCUCAUAUUGGGCCCCGCCAACGCCGCCCCCACUCUAUACAUAUCGUCUCAUACCCAUCCGGAUUCAUCCCCCAAGAACUACGACCCAAGACAACGCCCCGGGACCUAGAGAGGCAGAAGAAGAAGGAGGAAGAAAAGCGCAAGAAAGAGGAAGAGGACAGGAAGAAACAGGAGGAGAAGCGCAAGAGGCAGCGUGAGCAGGACGAGAAGAAGCGCAGGCUUAAGGAACAGGAAAAGAGGACCUCUCUUGGUUCCUUCUCGGGCGAAAAACGGUCCAGCGGUCUCUUCAAUAAGCUCAAGUCCGCAUUUCAAUCCCACGAGCCACAAAAAUACGCGGAAGGUCCUGACGGCACGACCACGCCAAUCCCGCGGCCGCGGCCCCAAGCGAGGACCAGGGUACGACCUGUCAGCUGGCUGAGCGUUGCGAGUCGACUGUCCAGAGCAGAGGACACAACACCUGCCGACGUCUCCUCGUCACCACCAAUCGAACUCCCGCCGCCAGCAACAGCGGCCUCUCAGACCCCAGGGCGACGAUCCACGACCGCACCCCCCUCAGAACACCCCAUCCCCGAGCACGAGCUCGAGCAAGAAGAAGCUGCUGCGCCUAGCGCAACCGCCACGCCUGACACGCCCGUCGCACAGAAUUCGGCGGUCGCCCCUGUCAGCUCCACCACAUCAGCGCCCGCUGUUGCUACCCCCUCGUCAUCCGCAAUGGUCGACGUUCCUCUAAGAGCUCCUCGCCUGUCAGCUGGACCGGGCAUUGGGGCUGGGCACUCUCGUCGCAACAGUUUUAUGUCCGUUAGGUCGGCAAAGAGCACCAUGAGCUCUUCGGUGCAGGAGAUCCACCAACCCAAGCCAAUAGCCUCUGGUAGCGGCCUGUCGUGUACGAUCAUCUUGGCAGAACCCAAUGUCUUCUUGACAGGAUUUGAUCAUGAUGGUCACACGCGACACGAAAGUCACAACUCCACCGCGCUUCUUCGCGGUAAACUGCAACUCAAUGUCUCCAAGAACACCAAGGUCAAAUCGGUCACCUUGAAGCUCUUGGGCAAGGCACGUACGGAAUGGCCCGAAGGCAUUCCCCCUCUCAAGGUCGACAUGUACGAGGAGGAAUCAUUGAGAACGCAAGCUUUGACCUUCUUCCACGCUAUGCACGAUGGCUGGGAGACCGAGUACGGGAACCAAUGCACAUACAAGCUCAAGGGCUCGCCGAUGAAUCUGAACCUUAACCGGUCAACACUUAGUCCCGGGGAUUCGGCAUCUGUUUUGUCAAUGGGCGGUAGGCAACGAUCGAAUAUGUCUGCCAAGGAGCUCAAGCGCCUGUCCCUACGCUCUGUCGAGUCCAGGAGUUUCGGUAAGGGCGAGUCCCCAGUGGCCCAUCAGGUCCAGGCGAAGGGCUUCAAGGUUUUCUUCCCCGGCACAUACGAGUACUCAUUCGAGCUGCCCAUCGAUCACCAUCAACUGGAGACCAUCAAGCUUCAGUACGGUAACGUCAAAUGGGAGCUCGAGGCAGCUGUCGAGCGUGCCGGCGCCUUCAAGACAAAUCUCCAUGGUACCAAAGAGGUGUCUAUCGUCCGUGUCCCUGACCAGAUGUCACUCGAGACCUCGGAGCCGAUUUCGAUUUCUAGACAGUGGGAAGACCAAUUGCACUACGACAUUAUGAUCUCUGGAAAAUCAUUCCCUAUCGGCGCCAAGAUCCCCAUCGCCUUCAAACUCACGCCCCUUGCGAAGGUGCAGGUGCACAAGCUGAAGGUCUUCGUCACCGAAGCGAUUGAGUACUGGACCAACGACCGGAAAGUGACGAGAAAGGAUCCUGGGCGGAAGAUCUUGUUGCUUGAGAAGACCGCUGGCAAGCCGCUCGACAAGCAGUACGAGUCCAGUCAGUUGCGUAUCCUCAGCGGCGGCGAGCUGUCCCCAGACGAGCGAGAGGUUGCACGCCAGGCCGCCCAGCGGAGGAGGACCCUCGAAGCUCAACGUACGCAUUCCUCAGCGGCCCCCCUCCCAGAGCCCACGGAAAACUUGCUAGGUGAUCUGGACCUAGGCCUGGAGACAUACUGGGGCUCGACCGAGAUGGAGAUGAAUGUGCAGAUGCCGACUUGUGAGAUGAUGGCCAAGGAUAAGUCGCUGAGACUGCAUCCCGACUGCAGCUGGAAGAAUGUGAACGUGUACCACUGGAUGAAGAUUGUGAUGCGUAUCUCGCGUCUCGAUCCGGACGACCCGGCUGGCAAGCGAAGACGACACUUUGAGAUUAGUAUCGACUCGCCCUUUACCGUGCUCAAUUGCCGCGCGACACAGGCAAACACAGCCUUGCCUGAGUACAACAGUCCAGACACCAGUGGGAUGCGUCACCAGGCCUCUUGCGGAUGCCCUGAUGCCCAAGUCUUCAACAACUCAGGCAACACGCCAGACAACUCCAGUGGAAGUCUUGUCGAGGCCACACCGAUCAACACAGCGCUGCCCAUGCCACCACAGGCGGCGCACUUGCACACAUCCUCACAGGGAAUCAACGGCAACUCAAGUGCCGCAUCUCCCACCGCCUCAUCCCCCACGACGGGCACCGCAGGUAUCGGAGCAGCAGCCUCUAACCCGGUGUCCCCCAACCCCCUGCAAAGGGUACGAGAUCAGGAGAAUCCCAGGCCGAUCCACCUGCUCCGUUACCCAUCCUUCGACCCGCCGCCAUUUGACUACGACCAGGCACCCCCACCACUGCCGACGCCGCCCCCCAACUACGAUAUAGUGGUCGGCACCCCUAGCGUCGACGGAUUGGCCGACUACUUCCAGCGCCUAUCCCACUACGAGGAUCCAGCACCAGUACAGGCCGAGGAUGAUUACCUAGCUGCAGGCGCCAGUGGCUCGGGCGGCGAUGGUACCGACGACAUCACGCCACCUGCGCGCCCAGUGGGUGACGAGGGCGAAGACACGGAGGUGGAAUCUGACUCUGACUCGGCUGAUGAGCAAAGACCGGCACGAACUGUGAGCCGAGUUGGAACGGUCAACGUGGCAAACCCGCGCACACCCGGUGGAAGGCUGGUUCCAAGCAGGAGCUUUGAGAUUGAAAGACCCGCAGCCGACUUCGCCUUGAGUAUGGCUGGGGUAGUAAGGAGGAAUGGGACAGACAACGCUUCCUAGGAGGAUGACUGUGCCUGUCUCAUCCCACUCCUAUCUAUGUUUACAGCAAAACGAGCGAUGUUAAUCCGAAAUUAUGCUAUGAGAGAUACCCUUCCGAGGAAGCAGAAUAGGAGGCAAGAAGGAUAAUGAUACCAGCAGCCUUGAUUUGGAUGUGGAAGUUUUGAGGCGCCGACAUUGUUUGCACCACUCCUUUGGCGCUUUUAUUUUAGUGGAUGUUUAGCCACUCAUCCGCGUGUGAACAUCGCGGAAAGCUUUUGCAGAUGCCGUCCUUUGAGGGAUUUUGGUCAGCUCUGUUCGGAACCUCGCGAUAGGCUAGUUUGCGGAGGCCCUAGGGCACGGCAGAAGUCAAUAUUGGGCGGCGUUGGUAUCAACGUUGGGAUGGACAUAUGCUCCAUUGAUAUUUACCUCGUGUAUACAGCCUCGUGUACAUAUAUGCCUUACAUGGCUGACUCGAGGAGAAAACAUCUGCGCAUGCAUUUUUUUAUUAUUUUUUUUGGUUCUCGGCGGAAAAGUCGGGGACGGAUCUGGAAUGACCAUGAUGAUGAGCAUCAGCGUCGGGUUUUAGUCAUGGCAUUGGAUAGAUUUUGGUUGUUCACACCACUUGGGAAUGGAGUUCUUUCUCUGCGCUUUAAACCUGC